CCCACGUGUCAAAAUCUUGUUUAACCAUCAAGUUACUUAAUCAUGGGCAAAGUCGCUGUUGCUGGUGGUUCGUCCGGUCUGGGCCGGACAAUGGUUGAUGCGCUCGAAGCAGCCAAAACUCAUGACUACAUUGUCCUAUCACGAAAGGCUACUGGACUGGAGACACGGGCUGUCAACUACUCUGAUGUAGAUGCUUUGACUGCGAUUUUGGAGAUCGAGCAGGUUGAUACGAUUAUAUCCGGACUUCCGAUCGACAAUGAUGAGAGUGGACAAGCUCAGCUGAAUCUCAUCGAAGCGGCGGACAGAUCAAAAUACACCAAGCGAUUCUUGCCGAGUGAAUUCGGAAUGGUCUACACCAAAGACAACAUCGCCCAUGUCCCUUCCUACCAGUGGAAGCUCAAAGCAGUAGACGCCCUUGAAAAGACCAACCUAGAGUUCUCGCUUGUCUCAAUUGGUCUUUUCCUAGACUAUUGGGCCGCCCCACGUAUUCCGACCCAUAUCCGCGCAGCAAACAUAAUAAUCGAUCCUGAAAACAACGCCGCUGUAAUUCCAGGAGAUGGAAACGCUCCCAUCGUCCUGACCCACUCUACGGACGCAGCAAAGUUUACCGUCGCUCUUCUUGAUCUUCCCGAUUGGAAGCGCAGAUACGCCAUCAUCACGAAUCGCAUGACUCUCAAUGAAGCUGUGAAGUUGGCUGAGGAAGUCAAGGGUGUCAAGUUUGCUAUUAAGUAUUUCUCUGUGGCGCAGAUGGAGAGGGGUGAGAAUGAUUUAACCCCGAGUAUGAAGAAGGCUUUGCCGGAGGAGAUGCACGGCGGUAUGAAGGGUAUGUUGGCUUUGUCAGGAAUUGGGAUGGCUAUAGGAUCAAAUGAUAUCAAGGGAAUUGAUGAUUUAGUGGUCGAGUUUCCAGACAUCGAGACUUUUACUGUCAGGGAGGUUUGGGAAGCGUGGAAGUAGAAACAGAAGAAUGGCGGUAAUGUAUUAUGGAAG